CGCGCGGUGACGCCCCGGCUCGCGGGGCACGCUGGGCGCGACAUGGCGGCGGCGGCCCUCGCGCGGGUCCCCGACGUGGACAUGGACGCCGACGGCGUCUUCAAGUACGUGCUGAUCCGUGUGCGCUCGGCGCCCUCGGGGCCGCAGCCCGGCGAGAGCAAGGAGGUCGUGCGCGGCUACAAGUGGGCCGAGUACCACGCCGACAUCUACGACAAGGUGUCGGGCGAGCUGCAGAAGCAGGGCUACGAGUGCGAGUGCCUGGGCGGCGGGCGCAUCUCCCACCAGAGCCAGGACCGCAGGAUCCACGUGUACGGCUACUCCAUGGGCUUCGGCCGUGCCCAGCACUCCGUCACCACCGAGAAGAUUAAAGCCCAGUAUCCUGAUUACGAGGUCACGUGGGCAGAUGAUGGCUACUGAGGCCUGGCCCUGCCCCCCAAGUACACGGAAUAAACCUCUUGU